AUGUUACGUAAUCAUAUAGUCAAGUGUCCAUCUCUAUUUGAUAACCUAUUUAGCAAUUGGUUAUUAGCUGAGUAUGUUAUUAUAACUAUUUAUUGCAUCAUAUUUGUUGUUGGACUAGUUGGCAAUAUUUGUACAAUUCUAAUCAUCCAACGUACUCGUUCAAUGCGUACACCAACCAAUUAUUAUUUAUUAAAUUUAGCCUUAUCUGAUUUGAUGAUACUAAUCUGUAAUUUACCAUUAGAAAUACACGAAAUCUAUUUCAAAGAAUGGGUGUUUUCAAAAUUUUUUUGUAAGCUACGAAACAUAUCCGCUGAAUUUUUUACCUGCUCAUCGAUUUUGACCAUAUUAGGAUUUUCUUGUGAACGCUACUUUGCCAUUAUAUAUCCAAUGAAAUUUCAUCAACUAAGUCAUUUUCGUCGUGCCGUCCACAUCAUUGUCAUCAUUUGGAUCAUAUCAUUAACUGUCAGUUUACCGGUAGGACUUUCGUUUGAUGUUAUUGGUAUUCGGAUGGUUUCAAGUAAAGAUUCUAAUCAAACACUAAGUAUCAUUAGUGUUAAUGAUACAAAUAUUAAACCUUUAACUUGUAAAUUUUGUACAAUAUCAGGCCAGUACAAGAAAAUAUUUGAAUAUAUUGUUGUUAUAACAUCAUUUGGAUUUUUUUACAUACCAAUGUUUAUCAUUGGAACAAUAUAUUUACUAAUUGGAAAAGAGUUGAGACGAGUCAAUAUGCAAGAAUCGGUUAAACAACGACAACAACAAGCGUUUGCGUUAAGAAAGAGUCCUUCAUCAUCUAAUAAUAAUAAUAACAACAGUAAUAAUAACAGUAGUAGUAAUAAUAAUAAUAAUAUGCAAAAGGAUAAAAGCAGUAGUGGUAAUACAGCAACAAAUAAAGACACAACUAAUUGCAAUCAUAAGGGUUCAAUCCAUGGAACAUUCUCUGUUGUUAACAUGACUUCACAUCCAAUGAUUAAGCUUAGCGCACGAAUACAUGCUAGAAAAGUUGUGAUCAAAAUGCUCGUAGCAGUGGUUAUUGCUUUUUUUGUUUGUUAUGCACCAUUUUAUUUUCAACGUUUAAUAACAUCCGUUGGAAAUACUUCAUCAAGUACUUCAUCAUUUCACCAUAAAUCAAUGGCAAUUUUAUUUUUUACAUCCGGUUUGACAUUUUAUUUUGGUUCCAUUAUUAAUCCGUUUCUCUACAAUGUUGUAUCAAAUAAAUAUCGUCGAGCAUUUUUAAAUUUAUUUUGUUGUCAGUUAAAACGCAACACUACUUUUGACCAAUUAAAUGGUGGUGGUAUAAUCGCUGGUAAAGGAAAAAGCGAUAGUAUAAAAUUACAGCAUAGAAAUGGUACUGGAUCAAAAACAAUAUUAUUUCAACGUCCAUUCAAACAUCAUUAUCAUAAACCACAGCAAGAACAGCCUCUUUGUCGUAAUUCAUCAUUCGAACAAAAUAAGAAAAAAUUAAUGAAUCUUCAUUUUGUUUUUCAACGAACAACACCUUUAUCAUCGCCACCAUCGUUAGCGCAACGAAAGUAUAACAGCUCAUUCUCAUCUUCAUUGUACAGUUAUCGAAAUUAUCAAAUGUCGUCUAACAAUAAUAAAGUCAAUAGACCAUUGCCUCUGUUAAGGAGAGCAGUUCUGAACUCAAAAUUUGACGUAUCACAAUUACCAAAUAAAUCUACGCAUGGUGAAACAUGA